AUGGAGCAACUCCUGCGCACGUUCAAGACGUCAAUCACUGCAAGCCAGGCGAUGAAGUUAUUUAUGGCCAAGAAGGACGCACGACGCACCUGGGAUGAGCACUUCCUGUACAUGGUCUCCGUCAGCGAGGCGCGUGGUGGUGCUGACUCGCUUGUUCUUAAUAACAUCGUCCACCACGCUUCGCCGGAGCUGAUGAACGUGAUGCGCUCCAAGUAUGAACACACGCGACUCGACUACCUGCGCCAUGCCGAGGAGCUGGAGCACUUCGCGCAGUCCAUUGAGCAAGGCAGCAGCGCGGUGGGUCGUGAAAUUGUCGCCGCGCACGUGGAAGACAAACCCAAGGGCGAGAUCACGUGCAACCGAUGUGGUCGACCAGGCCACAUCGCGAUCGACUGUCGCGCGCGAGUCGUACACGACGACGUGACACCCGCAGGGGGUGGUGCCAGCAUGAUUCUUGCACUGACCGAGAAGCGCAGGACGACCACGAAGAAGCGCAACAGGAUGAAUAAGGGCUCGCGAGGCAAGGACGCCGCAGCGGCCAAUGCAAGCGAUGGAGCGCGAGCCAUAGACGAAUCAUGCGGCUUCGUGCUUACGACGAGCGACGGAGUACGAGCCACGGAUGGCACGCGCGGUCUCGUACUUGCGGCGACCGAUGCCACGGCCGUCAACCGAGGAGACUGGAUCCUCGAUAGCGGCUCGAGCCGGCAUCUUGUCAAUGACGAGUCGCUGCUGCUCAAGUCGACGGCUUGCAGCCACGAGAUUGCAAUGGCAGACGGCGAGUCGCUUCACCUGACGCGUGUCGGCAGCAACAUUGUGUCUAACGGCAAGCUCGCGAACAAAGGAUUUGCCCUGGUGCACUCCGGCGACAGGCGCUCGCUCGCUCGGUGCAGAGAUGGUGCGGUCGCGUUCGAUGUCACAAUCGACAGCAACGUGCUGUAUGUCGUGACGGAGGCCACGCGCGACAAGGAGGGUGCAGGCGGUGACGCGAUCAUGGUGGAGCUCGAAGCGCAUGCCACGAAAACCAACGCCGACUAG